AUGGCCAAGCGCGUGCAUCGCUCGCUCGCAGCUCGCAGGAGGCAAUAUUGUGCCUUUUGGGGGAUUUUUGUGUGUGCACUGACUGUGCCAGGAGACAACGAGAAGCACUGGAAGCCAGUGUUAGUGGUCUUGACGGAGAAAGACCUCUUAAUAUACGAGAGCAUGCCACGGAUGAAGGAAGCUUGGUUCAGCCCUCUGCAUACCUACCCCCUGCUAGCCACCAGGUUGGUCCAUUCUGGCCCAGGAAAAGGCUCCCCACAGUCUGGGGUGGAUUUGUCUUUCGCAACCCGUACCGGUACAAGGCAAGGGAUCGAAACCCAUCUGUUCAGGACAGAGACUAGCCGAGACCUCUCACUGUGGACAAGGAGCGUGGUGCAGGGCUGCCAUAAUUCCGCGGAGCUCAUCACAGAAAUCACCACAUCUUGCACAUAUAAAAGCCAGGAGUGCCGUUUGACCAUCCAUUACGAACAUGGAUUCUCUCUUACAACUGAACCGCAAGAUGGUGCCUUCUCUAAGACAAUUGCACAAUAUCCCUACGAAAAACUGAAAAUGUCCUCAGAUGAUGGGAUAAGGAUGCUUUAUUUAGACUUUGGAGGAAAGGAUGGAGAAAUUCAACUGGACCUUCAUUCCUGUCCAAAACCAAUUGUGUUCAUCAUUCAUUCCUUCCUGUCGGCAAAGAUUACAAGGCUUGGCUUGGUGGCAUAACUGAGAUACAUCUGUUUCUUCAAAGAAAGAUGGAGCAACCAUGCUAAUCUGAAGUAAAGUCAACAGCAGCAACCCGUACCAGCUAGCACCGUGCACCAGCCUGGGGUUCAGUACCAGGCCUUGGUCAUUUCUGCAGUCUUCCAAGGCCAAGGUUUCAUUUUGAUCAGCUAAAGAGGUGGCAUGACAAGGAAAACAGUGGAUUUCAUUGUAAAUAAUGGGAUUUUAAAAUCCCAUAUCAGACAGUAAAAGCCUGUAGUACCAUAUAUGUAAAUGUUUCAGAAUCAUAAACUGUGCCUAUUUCAAUGUACUUGUCUAUAUAGAAUAAGUAAAGGGCUAAGCAGACGAGAGUGGGUGUUGGUUGUGAUGCAAGCU